CACGAGAAAGAUGCUUGGUUCAAAACACCGCGUCGGAGCGCUGCGUUCAGUCAGCGGGUCUGCUGUAGAGGAGAACGGGCGCUGAGGGCUGUAGGAGGGCACACUCUACCUGUCUUUCUCGAAGGUUUGGCACCAGGUGGAUGAACAAGACAUUUCAAGGUCAUAAAGUGAUGUCAUCAAAUGCAUUGCCCUGUUGAGGAUCGAAUACAUCUCAGUCUGUUUUCAGUAUCUUGGAGCAGAAAUGAAAACGAGUGAAAUGUGGUUGUGAAUGUGUGUCUUUGAAGGACUAGGUGGAGGCAAGUGAAGGAGCAAGACCUUUGAUGGAUCCAGGAUUACUGCUGAGCUUUUGACAGACUGAUACAACAUGAAUGUGCAAGGAAAUGCACAAGCUGGAGAAAACAACCAACGGGAAAUACAAAACGAGGACAAGCAGACUUUGCUAGAAGCUGUAGAAGAUGCCAAUGCCAAUCAAAUCACCAAAGAAAAAAUUAAUUCAGAUGACCGAGAGAAUGACAGUUCCGUACCCAUGUCGCACUCUGAAGCAAAGGAGAGGAUCAUUAUCUGGGGAACACAUGCUCGAAGUGUAGACCCUGAGCUGGAAGAGUUUGAACUGCUGGAGUCUAAUGAGUUAGAAACAUUUAUUGUGGACAAAGAAGAGGUACACAUUUCGAGUGAGAGAAGACAGAAUGGAACAAAAAACUUUGGUGACAGGAAGUUGACUUUUGGAUCCCCUUGGAAAGACCACAAUGAAAACCACAGUGUGGAUGGAGAUGCAAAUGAGAACUCACAGCCCCUUGACCUCAGGACCUCUAGCUCUCGCUCUGGUGCAAACCGAACCCUGAGAGAUGGCCGAAGUGGAUCUGAAAGCAAUGUCUUUUCAUCUUCUCUUUCUGCAGUGACCAGCCUCAGUGGAAGUUUAGCCAGUGCCCUGGACACUGCAGGCUGCACACAGCCUCUCUAUUCCCAGUUCACCAAGUCUACCUCAGGCAAAGGCAGGAACCAGCAACCAGCUACUACUGAGUCCUUCAUCCACUCAGAGAGAAACAGGGAUCUUCCCAGGGAUUUGGACCAAAACCAUAACUCUACUAUACUGCCUCAGGAACCACAAUAUGACCGAAGUAAGCUAAUCACUCCAAGUGGUGCAUAUCCUUCAAAUGGAACCAUAAAAGUGCAUAAAUUCCCAAUGGAAGCGGAGCAGAAUACUGGAUAUAAAUGGAUGUCAACUGAGGUGCCGAAAGGUAUGGUGAGGGUACAACCUUCUUGUCGGCAGCUUGUCCGCCCUCUUUCUACAGAAAAGCGAUUAACCUCAGGAUAUCCCAACAGUGACCAGGCAGACCAACAACAAUCCCACUAUUCAGAGACCUGUCAUGGACAUCAACAAGUGCUAGCUUGUACAGAAGUCAACAGUAAUCCCAACACAGGCACAGAGAUGGUUCACAACCAGACCUUUACCAGAGAAGCCCAACGUAUAAAGAGGCAGAGCUCAGCAGAUCGUGCCGCAAGUCCCUCCAGCCUUGAAAGAAAGACACACUUCAGCCGCCGGGCCUACAGCAGUCCAAGUAGACCAUCCCCUCCUCCAUCCCCCAAGACCACAAGGUCUCCUCAAAGGCAUCCUUCAUCAUCACCCAUCAAAACUUUACCCUCUCGAGCUCCACAGUUGGGUUAUGCUGGGUACACUUCAGGCUUAAGAGCCCCAGUGAAAACAACUAUUAACACAAGCGUUCACAAACCUCUUGCACAGCAGACUUCAAUGGAGACCUCCCCGCCAAGCAAGUGUCUGCCAAAACCAAAAAGUGUCCGGCCCAAAAUCAUCACAUACAUUCGAAAAACCCCGCAGGUGAAACCCCAGCCCCUUGAAGGAUCUUACGAGGUGUCAUCCUUACCUACAAGGCUCUCAACAUACAGCAGCACACAGGCCAAACCAGCUGUAGGAGAUCAAGGGGAAGCAAGUGUGCUGAGUGCCUCAAAUUUACUCUACGAUAAGUAUCGACAAGAGAUGCAGAAGGUCCGAUUAUUCUCUCCUGGACUAAUGGGGUCUGGGAUUAAACCACCCAGCAACACCAUGCCUCACAAAAUGGCUGGCAGAUCGGACAGCUUCUACGGGUCUCUUAACAAGCCUCUAUCUGCAGCAGUGGGACGAUCCGCAGUUGGCCUUGGGUCUCCAGUGUCUGCAGCUGAGGACCCAUCUGGAUCACCUAUGGGAGCACAGGAUACAGGGAGUCUUUUUCGUUCACCACGGGGCCUAAGACCUCAACUUGGCGUUGGUGCUGUAAACAGGACUCCUUCUGUACUUGCAAAAGGCAGGAUGACCUUAACAAGUCACCCAAAGUCACCACUGACCAUCAGUCAACCAAUGCAGGCAGUUAACCCAACCACUCAAACUCCUCAGGAAACACAAGAUCAGAGAAAGCCGGUGUCGACGGGUUUAGCUGCUAAAUCUCUCCUGCCGAAGCCGGCUCAGGCUCAGUCUGGCCUGCGUCCUCCUGGUUAUUCGCGUCUCCCUCCGGCACGACUGGCUGCUUUUGGGUUCGUCCGAAGCUCCAGCGUCUCUUCUGUGUCUAGUAACCACUCCACUGACAGCACACGGAGUGACCCCUGCCGACCUGCUUACCGUCCCAACAGUGUAAAUGAUGAGCCACCGCUUCACCGUGUCACCACAUCACCACCUGGGGAUGGAUCCAGAGCACCCUGUCGCAGCACCCCUCAACCUCCAAACACUCCUGCGCCCGUACGCCGCUCCCUGCUACCUCCUCCUCGAAGUUCACCCGUGUUAUCCCGUAAGGAAUUCCAGAAGAGUUCGGAUGGCUCCCGUUCAUCCCAGUCAUCCCCUAAGAGACUCGCUGUAGUGUCUCCUAAACCACAAUCUCCAGUCCUUCAGAGGCAACAGAGGACAACAGUGGCGGUCCGAGGAUCAAGCGUGCAGAUACUGCCUCGCUCUGGCUCCCCAGGACUGGAAAAGAAAAAGGCAGAAGAAGAGCAGAAGAAAGAGAAGGAGCGCGAAGAAGCAGAGAGACACGUGGAGCUGCAGAUCCUGCAGGGUCGCUAUGAGGAUCAGGCCAGAAAACUGCAAGCCCUUCAGACUGAGCUGAAGAGAACCAACAUGGGCCUGGAGGUCUUCAUCAUCUGCACUCAGCACUUCUCAAUCAAGAGUGAAAGUGCUGAGCAGAAGGAAAGAGAGCUGUCAGAGGAACUUAGUCGGAUUCAGCAUGAAGUGGCCUUUAACGCAGCCCGCUGGGAGCAUCUUCAGAAGGAGAAGCGAGAGCUGGAGGAGUGCUUCGAGAAGGAGCUCAGAGAGUUACAGGUGCAGCAGAAUUCUGAACUGGCCACCUUAGAGGAGAAGCUGAGGUUACGACACGCUUCAGACAGAGAUCAUCUGAGAGCAGAGCAUCAGUCAGAAGUGGAGGAGCUCCACACACAGCACCAGGAGCAGAUUGAAGAGUUGACUGCCAACCAUGAGGCUGCCCUUGAAGACCUGAAAACCAUGCACAACAUCACUAUGGCAACACUCCAGGAGGAACAUGCCAGGACGAUGAGAGAUUUAAGGAAAGCCCAUGAGCAGCAGAAAGCCAGUCUAGAAGAGGACUUCGAGAAACUGCGCCUCUCACUUCAGGAUCAGGUGGACACUCUGACAUUCCAGAACCGGACUCUGAAAGACAAAGCUAAGCGUUUUGAGGAGGCACUGAGGAAGAGCACUGAUGAACAAAUUGUGGAUGCGCUGGCCCCAUAUCAGCAUAUUGAGGAGGAUCUGAAGAGUCUGAAAGAAGUUCUGGAGAUGAAGAACCAGCAGAUUCAUGACCAGGAGAAAAAGAUCUGUCAUCUGGAGAAAGUGCAGGCUCAAAAGAACCUGUUCCUGGAGGAGCGGGUCCAGGUACUUCAGCAGCAGAAUGAAGACCUGAUGGCCCGCAUAGACCGACACCUAGUUGCGUCAAGACAACUGUCUGAAGAGAAUGCAAACCUCCAGGAGAAUGUAGAGAAGGAAACCAACGAGAAAAAGAGGCUGAGUCGCAACAAUGAUGAGCUGCUGUGGCUCCUCCAGACAAGUCCCCACCUAUCACCAGCCUCAUCCCCCAUCCACAGAGCCUUCUUCACCGGCCCUGAUAUUCCCCCAUACUCUUACUCUCCAGGCCCUGGGACCCCCACACACUCGUCCUCUCCUGGCCCUGGUACACCUACUCACAAGGUGGCAUCUCCGGCACCAGGGACACCCACUUUCAGAGGCUCACCAGCACGCUCGUCCCCCGCACGCAUCCCAAAUGCCAAUACUUUACCUAGAUGAGCUGGAUAAUGCAAUACUAGCUGUAUUCCAUCUAGUUUCUGCCCACAGCAGUGCUUCACUUUAAUCUGCAGCCCCUGAUUGUCAUUUUUUAAUAUUUAUUAAGAUUUUGACAACCCCUACUGCCAUAAAGCCUGUCAUUUCCGUUAUUCAACUUUGAGAUA